GGAGUGAAAGCGCGCAGAGAGAGAGAGGAGGAGAAGGAACGGGGAGAGAUGCCCGCUGGACGGAUGGAUUUUAUUCUCCCCGAGCUGACCGAGCCUCUGUGAGACAUCAUGGGCUGCAUAGGAUCCCGCACCAUCACAGUGGAUGCUGUGCCGGUACAGAAAGAUGGGGAUCAGGUGUGUCUCGCUCCAUGAAGGACAAAGUGACCAAGCCCACCGCCAUGGCCCAGGGUCGCGUUGCCCACAUGAUCGAGUGGCAGAGCUGGGGCAAACCAACCGCGGGGCCGAUGGGGAGCGCAGGUCAUACCAACCUGCAGAGGGAAAAGGAGAGGAGGAUGGAGAACGACGCCUACAGCGACCUGAGUGACGGCGAGAAGGAGGCUCGCUUUGCUGCAGGCAUCAUGCAGCAGUUUGCCAUCUCCGAGGCGACUCUGUUCGGCUGGAACUCGAUGGACGGGGAGAGUAUGGGAGCCGGCUCCAACCAGGGCAGCGUCGCUCACCUCAGUGAGGUCAACCAGGAGAGCAUCACCAGCAGAGACCAGGUGCUCCACCACUCCUCGGCGGACGUCUGGCCUCACACCUACGUCUCGCAGGGUCUGUACUGCCUGUCGUCCUCUGACGCCUGGGAGCCAAUCACCAGCCAGCCCUCGGGCGUGGCCUCCCCGGCUGCAGGCUCCUACAUCAUGGCUGCAGGAAGCAGCGGAGCGGCGGGUACACCGGCUGAUGGGUACGAGGGGUCGGUAAGCGGCUACAUUCAGCAGCACCAUGCUCAUCUCACCCUGCAGCAGCAGAGCCAACUCCAUCAGCUCCAACAUCUCCACCAGUACCAGCAACAACUGCUGCAGUUCCAACAACAACAGUCUAUGGAGCACAGGCUACAUAGCGCCUCCCAUUCCCUCCAAGCCACUCCCAACAGCACCAUCCACAGUCUCGGUCCUCCCACCCACCCUCGGCUAGCUGACCUGUGGGGAGCUGCGCAGGUCGAGGCACACCACGUGGAUAUUGUCGGGCAGAUGAAUGGGCAGCUGGCUGACAUGGUUGGAGUGGUGGAGACAGUCGGAGAGGAGCCAGAGCUCGAGUAUGAAGGCAUCUAUGAGCGUCAUGAAGAGGAAGAGGAGGAGCUGACAAAGGUAGAAGAGGUAACAUUAACCUUGGAGCCGGAGCCUUGCUCUUUGACUCCGUCCCCGCUGAGGGAGGAAGUCUUCUCGACCCGAGGCUCAAGCCCUGGACUGCCAGCACAGAUCGCCGAACCGGUCACCGGGAGGAAACCCUUUGAGGUCACGCCCUGCAUCGUCCAAUCACUAGAAGAGUAGGACGAAGAGGCGGAGGACGACUCUGUUGUUAGUGUUGCGACAAACUGAUUCAUUUGGCCUGACAAAAGCUGACAAAAACAGGAAAUAGAUACUUCAAUAAUCAAUCAAGCUAUUCUAUCCCCCAACCCCAACCUCCUCCCAACUAUAUACCCACUUCGAGUCAGAGGAAAUGCGAGACUUUUUCAGACGAAAACGUGGGAUGUAAUGUACACAAUCUAAAUGCCAAGAAGCUCCCUUCUUGUUACUCUGGGAAAUGUGGAAGCAUCUAAAGAAGAGAAAAGGAAGGACAAGAAGAGGAAUGAAAGGGCCUUGUUAAAAAUCUGUAUCAGUGCAAUACAACAAAUGUGGACACAACAAGGUCAAACAGUGUUCGCAAAUAAUUCUGAGUGGUUGGUUUGGGUCAGGUAGCCUGUCACACACAGGACAGUAAACGUUACCUGGUCACAGAGAACUGUUUGAUUUGCUAAGUCAUGUAUUUAACUUCGAUUGACAGCUCGUCUGAGCCCUAGUUGAGUCAAAUAAGAUACUCAGAGCUGUCUGAGGCAACACACUUGGAGUCAUUUGCAAGCACUUGAUCCAAACACAACCAAAAGAAAGUGCAUGCUUUUUAACAGUGACCUAGCCCUAACAGUAUAACACAGUAUACAAAGUCAUAAUAUAUCAAAUUGCUUUUUAUAAUAAAAUAAAAAAGCCAAUAAACUGAUAUGUAUUUGUAUGAAUGUAAGAUUGUA